AUGAGUUCUCUCAAAGAGCUUACUCUUAUAUGGUGUAAUUCACUCAAGAAGUUGCCUGAGUCCAUUGGUGAACUAAAAUCUCUAGUGAAGCUCGACUUGGGGGAAACACAAAUAGAAGAACUCCCAUACAACAUUUCCUGUAUGAGUUGUCUUAAAGAGCUUAUUCUUACAUCAUGUAGGUUACUCAAAAAGUUGUCUGAGUCCAUUGGUGAUCUAAAAUCUCUAGUCAAGCUUGACUUGAGGAAGACACAAAUGGAAGAACUCCCAGACAACAUUUCCAAGAUGGGAUCUCUCAAAGAACUUAUCCUCACAUUGUGUAAUUCACUCAAGAAGUUGCCUGAGUCUAUUGGUGAUCUAAGAUCUCUAGUCAAGCUUGAGUUGUCAGAGACACAAAUUGAAGAACUCCCAGACAGCAUUUCUAGGAUGAGUUUUCUCAAAGAGCUUACACUUAAAUCAUGCAACUCACUCAAAAAGUUGCCUGAGUCUAUUGGUGAUCUAAAAUCUCUAGUCAAGCUUGACUUGACGGAGACAAAAGUGGAAGAAAUCCCAGACAGCAUUUCCAAGAUGAAUUCUCUAAAAGAGCUUAUUCUCAUAUUUUGUGAUUCAUUCAAAAAAUUGCCUGAGUCCAUUGGUGAUCUAAAAUCUCUAGUAAAGCUUGACUUGACGAAGACACAAAUAGAAGAACUCCCAGACAACAUUUCCAGGAUGAGUUCUCUCGAAGUGCUUAUUCUCAAAAGGUGCAUUUCACUCAAGAAAUUGCCCAUUGGUGUUGGACUAUUAGAGAAGCUUGAGGUAUUAGAUGCUGAAGAUUGCACUAAACUAGUGAAGCUACCAAGAUCAAUGGGAAGAAUGAGACGGCUGCACAGCAUUAACCUGACUUGGACCAAUAUUUCUAAAUUCCCUGAUGAUUUUUUAACGCUCUCAAAUUUAGUGAAUUUGGAAAUCAAUCAUUUGAGGUCGCUUCAGUCUCUCCCAAUAGAUAUGUCACCUGUGAAAACCUUGAAGAAAUUAAUGAUUUGUCAAUGCAAGAAGUUGAAAUACAUCUUGAUGCUUCCCUCAAGUUUAGUUGAACUUUGUUGUGAAAAAUGUGUUUCAUUGGUACGACUACCAGAUUUGUCAAAGCUGAAAAAUUUGACAACAUUGAAUCUCAGGUAUUGCAAAAAGCUAGAGGAGAUUCCAGGCCUUGAGGGAACAGAAUCGUUGAAAGAAUUGAGUGCACAAGGAUGCUAUAACUUGACACGUACUCCAAGGAAGAUACAGGGAACACUUUUACCAAACAACAGGGAACUUAGUUAUAGUUAUUCCUUGACUGCAAAUGAUGGGAUCUAUAAUAAUGGAUUUAUUCUUUGCCUUGUUCUGGAAUUCUUCUUCACCAUUGACUACAAUCUGAAAGUGAAAGAGGGUCACAUAUUAAGGACCAAUAUAGAAAUUUGUGCUUGUAUCCACCAAAAAGAUAAAAAAAUGAAGUGCUUUCAUACGCUGAGAAUUAAGGAUCUUGAGUAUACUACUGAUCGAGAUGUAAUCUACAUUCACCAUUUCAAAGGCUUUGACUGGUUUGGGAUUCCAUUGCAAGAAAAAGAUGUUAUUGAGAUUUUAUAUAUCCGUACAUACCGUUUCAAAUUAAAAUUCUGGGAGAUCUUGUUCAAGAACAGAGAACCUGACCAGCAAAAGCCUAAUUCGAGUUCAGUAGCAGAUUUCUUCAAUUGGUCAUAUGUUGGUGAUGAUGGUGGAGCAGUGACAUUAAAUUAUUGGCCCAACCAGCAAGGGAGGAGGAGGAGUACCAUAUCCCAUUUCUUUAGUCGUGUAGGAUUCGACCCUGUUUCUGAGGGUCUCUACUAUUGAGGCAUAAGGUCCUUCUUUUAGCAUGACUAUGGAAAUAUUUCUUCUGGACAAGAAUGAUGAGACAACUGUUGAUUCUGGAGUUCACUGAUUGUUAAAGCUUUGCUUGCAGGACAUGAUGCUAACAACCCACCAAGAGGUUGGAAUUCAUCUACUGAAUCAUCUCAGAAGAUGAGUUCCUAAUAAAUGCAGAAGUCAUCACUAACAGUCUACUUGCUCAUGGCUUUAAGAUGAAUGGGGGAGGGUGAUCCCGAUCCAGACAAUUGGCCUUCUUCUUCUAAGGGUGGUAAAGAGUUUUCUGAAGUAUCCAAGCAAGGUCAUGCCAUGGUUUUAACAA